GGCCGAGGGGCGGCGGCGAAAGGCAGAGCGCCGAGAUCUCUGUCGGGAAGCGCAACCUCCCCGGGCCCCGCGGGGCCGCGCAGGGGGCGUUCUCAAUCCCGCGCCCGCUCCCUGUUUCCAUCCCCUGCUGCCCGCAGGCCACCCCGGGGCCCGGUUAUCCGCGCUCGCGUACCCGGGCUCGGGCCCGUCCCCGGCCCUCGAGGGAUCCGCUGCCCUCACCGAGACCUCUGCAGCGGCUGCACCAGAGGCCGCCCCGGCAGGACCCCGGCGUGAGCAUCGAGCGCCCCCCAAAGAGUGCACGACCCCCGGAGCCGCCCUCAACACGGACCGCGCCCGCCGGGCACACAAGAAUGGUCACUCAGAUACUCGGCGCCAUGGAGUCUCAGGUGGCAGGGGGCCCGGCCGGCCCGGCCCUGCCCAACGGGCCACUCCUUGGUACAAACGGAGCCACUGAUGACAGCAAGACCAACCUCAUUGUCAACUACUUGCCCCAGAAUAUGACCCAGGAUGAGUUCAAGAGUCUCUUCGGCAGCAUUGGUGACAUCGAGUCCUGCAAGUUGGUUCGGGACAAGAUCACAGGGCAGAGCCUCGGCUACGGGUUUGUGAACUACUCUGACCCCAACGAUGCAGACAAAGCCAUCAACACCCUCAACGGCCUCAAACUGCAGACGAAGACCAUCAAGGUAUCCUAUGCCAGACCCAGCUCUGCCUCUAUCCGAGAUGCGAACCUGUACGUCAGCGGGCUCCCCAAGACCAUGAGCCAGAAAGAGAUGGAGCAGCUCUUCUCCCAGUACGGCCGCAUCAUCACUUCUCGCAUCCUGGUGGACCAGGUCACAGGCGUCUCUCGGGGAGUGGGAUUCAUCCGCUUUGACAAGAGGAUCGAAGCCGAGGAGGCCAUCAAAGGACUGAACGGGCAGAAGCCGCUGGGUGCGGCCGAGCCCAUCACGGUCAAGUUUGCCAACAACCCGAGUCAGAAGACGGGCCAGGCCCUGCUCACCCACCUCUACCAGUCGUCAGCCCGGCGCUACGCAGGCCCCCUGCACCAUCAGACACAGCGCUUCCGGCUGGACAAUUUGCUCAAUAUGGCCUACGGAGUCAAGAGGUUCUCACCCAUCGCCAUCGAUGGCAUGAGCGGCCUUGCGGGCGUGGGCCUGUCGGGGGGUGCAGCAGGCGCCGGCUGGUGCAUCUUCGUGUACAACCUGUCUCCGGAAGCGGACGAGAGCGUUCUGUGGCAGCUGUUCGGGCCCUUCGGGGCGGUCACCAACGUCAAGGUCAUCCGUGACUUCACCACCAACAAGUGCAAGGGCUUUGGCUUCGUCACCAUGACCAACUACGACGAGGCGGCCAUGGCCAUCGCCAGCCUCAAUGGCUACCGCCUGGGCGAGCGCGUGCUGCAGGUGUCCUUCAAGACCAGCAAACAGCACAAGGCCUGAGGCGCCGCCGCCCUCCCCACCCUCCCCGGGCAGCAGAGACAGAGAGAGAGAGAGAGAGAGACAGGGGGCCCGAGAGAGACAGCGCAGGCAGACCACGGACGGCACGAGGGCCCUGCGUCCCUGCAGAAGCCACAGGGUGAGCACUUGGUGGGAGGGUCUGCAGGGAAUGGGGGGUGCCUGGGGCCCCCUCCCCCACCCUAACGCCCCUCCCCCCUAGGCUGGGCUGUUCACUCUCUCCUCUUGGUUUCGUUCAUGGUGAAGGUUUUUGUUUCCUUUUUCGGCUAAAAUGAAAGCAGAGAUGUGCCCCUAGCCCACCACUCAACCACCCUCCACGGAUGGCUUGGGGUGGGGGGCAUUGGGGGUGCCCUCCCAGGCCCCCUUGCCCAGGCCUCCCCAGUUACCUAGGUGAGCCUGGUGGGGGGGGGAACAGGUUUAAAAAUCCCCAAAAAAGUGAAACAUGAGAGGGGUGUGGUCA